AUGGCGACAUCGUCAAGUCUCCCAUUCGAUCCAUUCACCCAGAAUGUCACCUUCCUCGAUGCGAAUGGCGCUCCGUUCGAAGUCCCGGUAAAAGCACUGGACGUCUUCGUCAUGUACAAUGUCCGAGUGUGCAUCAAUUACGGCUGCCAGUUUGGGGCGUCGCUCACCUUGCUGAUCAUUCUUCUGCUUUUGACUCAAUCCGACAAGCGCCGUUCGGCCGUUUUUAUCAUGAAUGGUCUGGCCUUGUUCUUCAACAGCGGGCGUCUGCUUUUUCAACUCAUCCAUUUUUCCACGGCGUUCGAAGAGGUAUACCCAUACGUCUCCAAGGACUUCUCAUCCGUGCCGUGGACCGCAUACGCCGUUUCCAUCGUGGCUGUCGUUCUCACUACCCUGGUCAUCGUCUGUGUUCAAGUAUCGCUUGUGAUUCAAGUCCGCGUGGUUUGCUCUACACUACGUCGUCAAUACAGGCAUUCUUUACUGGCGUUAUCUAUCCUGGCCGCCCUGGUGCCAAUCGGAUUUCGCAGUACAUGGAUGAUUGUGAACUGCAAUGCCAUAAUUACACUCAAAUACAUGGCUGAAAUAUGGUGGAUAGAAAGCGCAACCAACAUCAGCGUCACCGUCAGCAUCUGCUUCUUCUGUGUUAUCUUUGUCACCAAACUCGGAUUUGCCAUAAAACAGCGCCGCCGACUCGGGGUGCGCGAAUUCGGUCCGAUGAAAGUCAUUUUCGUCAUGGGCUGCCAGACCAUGGUUGUCCCGGCCAUCUUCUCCGUCAUCCAGUACUAUAUCACUGUGCCAGAACUGUCCUCCAACGUGGUGACCCUGGUCGUCAUUUCACUCCCACUCUCGUCCAUUUGGGCCGGCGCCGCCCUCGAGCACGCACGACGUACCGGAAGCCAAGAGUAUCCACGCCGACGCAACUUAUGGGGGAGCCUUGUCGGCGGUGCCGAAAGUGUACUGUCUCCCACAAAGGAUAGUCCAACAAGCCUGUCUGCCAUGACUGCUGCGCACACUCUGUGCUACUCGGAUCAUACCAUGAGCAAAGGAUCAUACAACUCGCGGGACACCGAUGCUUUCUAUGGAAUAGCAGUUGAACACAAUAUUUCGAUCGACCGAGUUCAAAGGAACAAUCCAAUCGUGUGA